UUUCAUAUAAAAGCGGCUAGUUUCUGUUUUCAUUUAAGUAUGAUUCGGACCGUGUUGUUACUGUGCGUGUUAGGGUUGGCGGCGGCCUCGCCCGCGCUAGUCAGGAGCCGAGAGGAGGUCGAAGCGUUUAGGAACUUUUUAGAGAGUACGAAAACCAAUGAUGGGAAUAACUUUCUGGCUCGCACGAAACUGUCUCCGUUGUCCAAUCCUGAGGAAAACAGCGGCAAGUACCAGGGUGACAUUGUUUUGGAUGACUUCAUGAUCGAAGAUAUGGUACAAGGUUACGCCGUGGGUCGCAAUGCUUACAUCUUCCCCGACACCCAUUGGCCAAAUAACACGGUUGUUUGGCAGUUUGGAGAAGGUGAAUUCGAUCCUGUACAGCAGCAGGCGAUUAAGGACGGAAUUCAAGAUAUAGAAAAUCACACUUGUAUUAAGUUCCGCUACCGAGAGCCAGAAGAUACUGUCUUUGUAAAUGUUACUGGCGGUCCAGGAGGUUGCUAUGCUCAUGUAGGUUACUGGGAACCCCGCGAGGUGCACGUCAUGAACCUGGCCGCAAACCUGCCCGGUGUGGGUUGCUUCAGACACGCCACUAUAGUGCACGAGUGGAUGCACAUCCUCGGCUUCCUGCACAUGCACUCCACUUACAACAGAGACGAUUACGUAGACAUCAUUGAGGAGAACGUUGCACCUGGUAGGUUCCAUAACUUCGACAUCUACACCUCGGAGCUCGUCAGCAACAACGGCAUUGAAUAUGAUUACGUCAGCUGUCUCCACUACGGCCCGUUCGCGUUCACGGUCAAUGGUGAACCAACAAUCGUACCUAAAAAGGAAAUCGAAGGUACAAUGGGUCAGAGAGUUUUUAUCACGGAGAAGGAUUGGCUCAGAAUCAACAGGCACUAUAAUUGUUCAGGAGCUUGGGAUGAAGUGAAAGAAGAAAUAAAAGAAUACAGCAAGCAAGAAGAAGAUGACGUUGAUGACGAAGAACAAGAAUUCGAAAUAGUAGGAGAUAGUGAAGAUGUUGACGAAGAAUAUGGAGAAAACGGAGAAGUUCUGGAUGUAGAUGAAGAAGAUGAAGAAUUAAUUAAACGAUUGAUAGCAGUACAGCUGCUACAGAUGAAAAAAUAAUAUUUAGAAUAUUGCCUUCCUCUAAACAAAUUAUAUAACAAUAUCUUAUUUAUUAAAAAUAUAUUUAAGAAAAAUAAAUGUACCGUAAAAGAUUUUUAAGCUACUGUGUACCGGCAUUGGCAAAAGAGAUGCAAUAAAAUAUUAUUUACAAAA